CAAUCGCGACCUUCUCCUUCCUUCGCCGCGACUGGACCUCGCGUCUUUGUAGCAAAUGCACUAUUCUCACUACCCCAUCACAACUUGGUCACCGCCAGACCAUCGAUCACCAGCCAAAGCGACUUUCCCUUCAGGAGAAACUAAUAUGGGCAGUUUUAUGAUUUGCGGUUGAUUCGGUUCUCCACAGCAAUGAGUGCUGCUUCUCAUUAUUUUCUUACUAUUCAUUCAUAGCGUCCCUUUGUCCUUUCCGCCAUGGUGGAAAUCCUCGCAUUGCCGGCUCGUCCGCCAACUCCCCCAAGGGCAUCCCAUGCCCUUUUUAGUCGAGAUGGAGACGGUUUCCAAGGCCGACCCAACGUACUCAAUACUCCCGGGGAGUCCCCUUCCACGGCGGAAUCGACUGUUUUGAGGUCUAGCAAGAAAGUGAACUUUUCACCCAUCACAAGCUAUAUAAAGCCUCUGAAUUCUUCAAAUUCAGCAUCUGCCCAGAAUAGCGCAAUACGCUCGAUUCCUCGUUCCAAUGAACGAAAACCCGCGAAAUCCAUCCUCAAAACUACGAGCACCACGGUGCCAGACCCGUCCGCGAUCCCUGUAGAAGGAAGCCAACCACAAACAUUCGCUAUGCUAUUGGAGUCUGCAAUGCAACAACUGGCAGGGGAAUCUUUGAGCUCCCGGGUAGAUGCUUACAGGCAUCUUUUAGGGACGUCCAAGGCCUAUGAAAACAUUCCAGAGCAAAGCUUGAUGGCCUCGAAAGUCGGCCCCUUAGCCCAAUAUAUCCAGCGUGACAUCGGUCGAGAUAUUCGCAAGGGAGAAGUUGUAGGGAUGAAUGUGGUCACAAACGCCUUGAAGUUGGCGAUGUAUAUUAUGUGGAACGAAACACUUGGUGCUAAUCUUCCCGAUGACUUCAAGAUUUUCAUGGUCGACCACGCUUUAGGGGCUCUGCAGGACGCCAAACUCCCUAAAACUGUGCUGAAUCACUACGCACACGUUCUCUGCAUGCAAACAUUUCCUCCGAAAAUAAUGACGAACUCCCGUGUAACACGUAUUUUGGCUGUGCUAAGCGACAUUACCGAGCGCAUCAGCGGAAAUGGGAUUAUCUCACAGCGUUUUGGGAUCUAUACGCGCUUGCUCAGCCAGUCAAAGAUUACCAUGGCCUCACAAGCCUCAUUAUGGGUUGAAAAUUUGAUUUCAGGUCUUCUGCAUACAUUCAAGGAUGCAAGAUCAAAAGCCUUAGCAUUCGGUAAGCAGGUUUCCGUCUUGCUUGGCCCGAACUUGAAUGUAUCGAAGGCUGUCUUAGACGUUUUCAGCAAAGAAAUUUCUCAAGGCCGAAGACUUGUAUCAGAAAUCUGCGAGAGAAUGUCACGGAUGAUGUCUUCCGUUGAGAGUGGUGUGCAUGUUCCCGAAAUAUGGAGCACCAUUGUCUUGCUGCUGAGAAGCAAACGGUUCAAUAUUGAGAAAUGGGAAUAUUUUAAGGAAUGGGUUCUUGUUCUGCAGCGAUGCUUCAACUGUAGCGAGUCGUCAAUCAAGGCGCAGGCUAUUUAUGGAUGGAAUCGAUUUGUCUACGUCAUUACUUGUAGCGAUGACACAAGUAAUAGUAUGAUGAAGAUGCUCACCAAACCAAUUAUAUCACAAUUUGAUCGCAGAAAAAGUGAAAAGUCGGCCACCAAUAUCAGUCCGAUCAUACUGUCUAGCUACUACAACCUUCUCUACUACGCAUUUCGUCCGAGCGCGUCUUAUGAGCAUAUCGACUUCAUUUGGGAAGAAUAUGUAAACCAGCCGCUUGUCAACAUCUUCACCACUAGCUCGCAGCUGAACGAUGCUGCGUGCAAAGCACUGAGUUCUUUACUUUGGAGUAAUCAGCCCAAGCCAUGGGUAGAAAACAAGCUCAACGAAGUACAAAAGAUGGAGCCAGAACAUCUACUUCCAAUUGAUUGCAAAUGGACCAGAACUCGCAUUGUGUCGAUUCUCAGGGUUUUUGAGGCUCUAUUUGGGACAGCUACAUGGCGACCUGGAAAUGACACAACGUCAGACAUCGCCAUCGCCUGGACUAAUCUCUGUAAAGCACUAGCAGACGCGUCAAGCAAGGAAAUUAAAGCUUCGGCAGAGUUAAUGCAAGCAAUAGCAAGCGUUCUUGAUAUUUUCCAACGCCUUCGACUUGGAGCCCCGGCUUCAUUGAAUGCUGAAACCAACGAUGAGUUCUUAGAUCGGUUUACGUUCCUAUCCAGAACACUUAUAGCAGCGAUUGGGCCAUCUCCAUUUACCGAAAAGCUACUUCUGAAGACUGCCCAAGAAACUUUUCAAGCUGACAAUACCCCAACACAUCGUCGCGCAAAUAUCGAUACCAACCUUGACAGCCCUUUCAUGUAUAUUUUCCGCAUCGUUAGUUCUUCCGGCGAGAUCUCAGAGUCAUACGAAUUCCAUCUACAUUCAGUUCACAGUUUAUUGGAAGCUGCAUGUAGCGGCCGACAAUCAAGAGGGUCUCGUCUAGAAUUUCUCGAGAGAUGCAUCCAACUGCCACUAAUUGAAAGCAAUAUUGCUCCAGUGCUGAAUCGCUGUAUCUGGGAAGCUACUGCAAUGUUGACGAUUAAUUGCCUGAACUCUUUCCCUAUGGAGACACCUAGAGAUCGAGAUGGUACCAUCUCGCGCGAUUAUGAUAAUGUUAAGACGGUUCUCACCCGCGGGUUACAAUUUACAAUGGCUUUUGAGACAUGGAAUUCGCUCCUUGACGCUUAUGUACGCACUGUUCGGACCGAACGGGGAGAACGUGGUAUCGCGACACUCAUUAUUGAGCCCAUAGCUGCAAAUUUGCUACAAUUGACUCGCGCCGUGUCAUAUGCGCCCUUGAAGGCCCUUAUUGGUCAGGCUUUAUCACUUCCUUAUUGCCAACAAAAUGAAAUGCGGCCAUCACUAGCUGGCUUUAACCGUGGAACUCCGCCGUUCAAUAAAGCAUUCUUCCCAGAUAAGCUUUUUGAACUUGUCUCCAAGGUUAUGGAGGAUGCUUACGAGCAAUUCAAACCUGAGGAGAGCUUAGCAGUGGCGGAGGUAAUUGAAUCCUUGACAUCUUGGCUAGGAAGUGGCGUCCCACAGUUUCGUUCCAAUAUUUUGGACAAACUUCAACUUUGUCUGUCUUUGUGGCUACAGGACUCUAAUCGCUAUAUAACUUCGGAAAAGGGUUCUGACAAUAGACUCAUGACUGCAUGCCGGAAAUUUUCUGGGGCUAUUGCAAAUGUUUUACAGACAACUAUACAGCACGAUGAUGAGUCCCUUCGCCUUUAUGAAACCGUCGUUUCAGCUGGUCUGCAAUCGGUACACAAAUCAACAGCGAACCGGUUUAUUGAAAUGUGGAAUAAUACUUUCGGGGUACAGGAUCUUGCAACGUAUCCUCUCGCGGUUCAAACUGCCCUUCAAAAACUUGACCCUUUUGUUGAAUUGCGGUUGCCAUGCCCCUUAUCAAGUCAGGCCAGUUCUCAGGACUAUGAAAUUCCAGACUUGGUGGAGUCUCAAGAUACCAAUUGUAGUUUUGACUCCGCUCAAGAACUUGUAAGGGAUAACUUGAAAAAUAAAAAUCGGCGGAAAGUGCGGCCCUCUAUCUUCAGCUCAUCUCCAAUUGUACAGCCUGAGGUAUGGAAUGAAGACUCGCUACCAAAAAGGCCUACCGAUGUUACCCCAAGACGACGGCUUCGCCAUGAUAACUCUCAAAUCCAGUUCAUCGCAGUGGAAUCAUCACCCCUGGCGUCUGACAUGGAAAGUCAAUUGCUUACAGAGCGUCAGCGAGAAGUAAAGGAGCGGCAGCGUGGCAAUACUGCCAUAUUCCUAGAAGGACUACGGUCUUCCUCGCCUACUUUACCUAGUCCAGCGAAGGAGGAAGGAAACCUGACUCCUGUCCAAUUACCCAGUUUGCGGGAUUCUGACCGUGUCUCUGAUGUUCUACUGACACCCACACUUGCUCCAAACUUACAAGAGAAUGACGAUGAGUUUCCCGGCUCAUCCCCAACUCCUGGCGCGAAGGACAGAGUAGCUUCUGGGCCACAGCAAACACCAGCUAUGCAAAUUGAAGCCCUAGAUGAUUUACAAGCGAAUCUUGUUUUAUCUCCCGAAGCUCAAUCACGCCGUGCUCGCCGCCGGCCAGGUCGACCUGUAAGAAAGGCUUCUGCUCUUCAAAGGUCGGAAUCAUAUGCAUCGGAUCCCGAAAAUCAAACUGUGAAGCAUGGUGGAAGGCGACGAAGCACAAGAAAUACCAAAAUUCAGUCAUCAGAACCCAACGAAGACAGCGCGGCAGUACAUAAAACUCAGUCAAACAAAUUGCAAGAGCUGGCCACCUAUAGCCAAGACGUACCCGAACUGGAAGAUACACCAAUCGAUGUGAUUCCAGAUACUUACAAUGACGAGUUUGAGAAACAACUUGCUUCGCAGCUUGGCCAAGAUCUGGAACUAGCUGUAGAUAUGCAAGAUAUCGAAAAUUCCCCGUCUAGCAGCGGAACUCCACUAGCUGGUCCGGCUAUCAGGAAAAGAAAACGGGAUGCUAAUGCCGAAAUUUCCCCGAUGCCAGUCCGAGGAAAACGAAGAUCUCUUAGGCAUAAAGCUGCUGACGCUAAGGACGUUGAAAGAAAGCCCAGUGAAGAUAUCACAGCUAGGAAAUUGCCAACCGAUCAACCAGGAAUUGGAGCAGCUGAUGCCGAAACGCCGCAACCGUCUCCCGCCAAAAACAGUAGACCUUCCGAAAUCACUACCGAUAAUGUGAUAAUCUCUGGUUCAAGGAGCAGGCGUCAUCAUGGAAAUGAUGCUUCUAAUCUGCCCUCCUCUCCAGCUCAAGUUUCGCCACCGUCUUUGAAACGGCGAAGAUCUCUACGUCUUAAUGGUGUAGGAGGCUCCGAUAUGGAACCGGCGUUGGACACUCCUAAAAGCAAGCCGCAGCAGUCUCCCUCAAAAUCAGUUAAUGAAAAUCCCUCAUCACCAUUGACGAGAUCCUCUGCCAGGAAAUCCCGCGCCUCUAUGGUUUCUCUUACUCGUGAUAUAAUUAAUCAAGCUGGUGCUGCUACAAAUGAUGUCGAGACAGAAAGUACUCGUCUGGAGGUAUCAGACCAGGCUAUUGAAGCCCUUCCAGAACAUCAGCCGCAAACAGCACACAUCGGAUAUAACGUUGAUGUUAGUAUGGAAGACGCAACUAGUAGUAUUCCAUCCAUGAGGACAGACCGUGAGGAAAGCAGCAAUUAUGUUUCGCUGGCAACACAGACUGACGGUGGUGUCGAAAAUAAUGGAAAUCCAGCAAAUAAUAUUCUCGACACUCUUCGGAAAGUACUCGAUGACGUCAAAAAUGGUACCUUUGGAAGAGAAGUUCUUAGGGAAAUGGAUGACCUAUUAUUCGACAUUCGGGUUGAAGCUAUUAAAAGAAGUCACACCUGAAAUUUUCUUUCUUUCUUUCUUUAUCUUUGAUUUGGGACUGCCGUGCAUAGCGAUGGCGUUUGGUCGGCAACUUUUAUUAUGACUUGUCUAUAUGCAACAAGAAAAUACCAAAUGGCGGAAGGGUUGUAUAAAAUAUUGCUGUAAUAAAACACGAGCAUUUUUGAGCAUCCAACAUUGAAAGCAAGCGUAUACCUUUUUUUCAAUCACAUUCACGCGAAUUAAUUUUAUAUAUGAACCAGCGUGCGAUUCACCUUCAAAUGUUAAAGAAAUACAUAAUUUUA